AUGUACGGCACCGGAACUGGCCCCCAGACGGGAGUCUCUACCCCCCGAUCCAAUGCUUCCCUGCGCCCUCUCACUCUCCGCCACGGUUCUCUCGAGACCUCCCUCCUUGUACCGACCGCCCUCCACUUCCACGCCUCGCAAUUGAAGGACCGCUUCAACGCCACUCUCCCCACCGCCACAGAUGAGCUUGCUCAGGACGACGAGCCUUCGUCCGUUGCCGAGUUGGUCGCGAGGUACAUGGGCUUUGUCGCCGACGAGGUCGAGAAGGGUGAGGACGACGAGUCGGGCUCCUACGAGGAGGUCCUGAAGCUUGUCCUUAACGAGUUCGAGCGCGGAUACCUGCAGGGCAACGAGGUCCACGCCCUCGCCGCCUCCUUGCCCGGCAUUGACGCCAAGAAGUUGGUUGUCAUCCGUAGCUACUACCAGGCCAGACAGACCACUGGUCGCUCAAUCAAGGCCUACGGUUCAGCGCUCUUCCGCGCUGCCGACGACAACCUUGCCGACAUCUACACCAUUUUCGGUGGUCAGGGCAACAUCGAGGAGUACUUCGAUGAGUUGCGUGAGAUCUACAAGACAUACCAGCCCUUCAUCGGCGAGCUUAUCCUUAAUGCUGCGGAGUUGCUCCAGAACCUCUCCAAACACCCUGAGGCAGAGAAGCUCUACCCGAAGGGCCUGGACAUCAUGAGAUGGCUCGAGAGCGAGGACGAGACACCCGACGUUGACUACCUCAUCUCGGCUCCUGUCAGUUUCCCUCUGAUUGGUCUCGUACAGCUCGCACACUACGAGGUUACCUGCAAGGUUCUCGGUGUCCACCCCGGUCAGCUCCGCGACCAGAUCAGCGGUACGACUGGUCACUCUCAGGGCAUUGUCCUCGCUGCCAUCACGGCUGCCGCUGAGUCUUGGGAAUCAUGGAAGGAGCUCGCACCUUCCGCGCUCACCAUCCUUUUCUGGAUCGGUGCUCGAAGCCAGCAGGUGUUCCCUCGCACAUCGCUGACGCCUACUAUGCUGAGGGAGUCUGUGGACAACGGCGAAGGUCUUCCCACCCCCAUGCUUAGCAUUAGGGAUCUUUCCCAGGCUGAGGUCCAGAAGCACAUUGAUGCUACCAACAAGUACCUCCCUGCUGAUCGCCACAUCUCCAUUUCCCUCAUCAACAGCCCACGUAACCUCGUCGUUACCGGCCCUCCCAUCUCUCUGUACGGUCUCAACGCGCAGCUCCGCAAGGUGAAGGCGCCGACUGGCUUGGACCAGAACCGUAUUCCUCACACUCAGCGCAAGCUUCGCUUUGUACAUCGUUUCCUCCCCAUCACUGCCCCUUUCCACAGCAAGUACCUUGCUGAGGCGACGGAGCUCAUUGACGAGGACCUCAAGAACAUUAAGAUCCCCUCCAAGUCUCUUGGCACUGCGGUCUUCGACACCAACACUGGCAAAGACCUCCGUGAGGCGGGCGACGGCAACAUUGUCCCCAUCCUGAUCCGUCUCAUCACCCGAGACCCCGUCAACUGGGAGAAGGCUACAGUCUUUCCCCAGGCGACGCAUGUUCUUGACUUCGGUCCCGGAGGCAUUUCUGGCCUGGGUGUUCUCACCAGCCGCAACAAGGAGGGCACUGGCGUGCACGUCAUUCUUGCUGGUGCCGUCAACGGCUCCAUCACUGAAGUUGGAUACAAGCCUGAGCUCUUUGACCGCGAUGAGGAGCACGCUGUCAAGUAUGCUGUAGACUGGGUAAAGGAGUUUGGUCCCCGUCUGGUCACCACGUCUAACGGUGACACAUACGUCGACACCAAGAUGAGCAGACUGUUGGGUCUUCCUCCUAUCGUCGUUGCUGGUAUGACGCCCUGCACUGUUCCCUGGGACUUCGUUGCCGCAACCAUGAACGCCGGUUACCACAUUGAGUUGGCUGGUGGUGGUUACUUCGACCCUAACAUGAUGACUGCCGCCCUGAAGAAGAUCGAGGGUGCCAUUCCGGCUGGACGUGGUAUUGGUGUCAACCUUAUCUACGUCAACCCUCGAGCCAUGCAGUGGCAGAUUCCCAUGCUCGGAAGACUCAGAGCCGAGGGUGUUCCCAUCGAAGGUCUCACCAUUGGUGCUGGCGUCCCCUCAGUCGAGGUUGCCCAGGAGUACAUUGACACUCUUGGCCUAAAGCACAUCAGCUUCAAGCCCGGUUCCGUUGAUGCCAUUCAGGCCGUCAUCAACAUUGCAAAGGCCAACCCCACCUUCCCUGUCCUUCUCCAGUGGACUGGUGGUCGUGGCGGUGGUCACCACUCGUACGAGGAUUUCCACCAGCCCAUCCUGACCAUGUACCCGCGUAUCCGUCGCCAGGCGAACAUCAUUCUUGUUGCCGGCAGUGGUUUCGGUGGUGCUGAGGACACCUACCCGUAUCUCACGGGUGAAUGGUCCAAGAAUUAUGGCUACCCUCCCAUGCCUUUCGAUGGCACUCUGUUCGGCAGUCGCAUGAUGGUCGCCAAGGAGGCCAAAACCAGCCCUGCUGCUAAGCAGGCCAUCAUCGACGCCCCUGGUGUUGAUGACAGCGAGUGGGAGAAGUCUUACACUGGUCCUACUGGUGGCGUUGUCACAGUCCUUUCCGAGAUGGGUGAGCCCAUCCACAAGUUGGCUACUCGCGGUGUCCUUUUCUGGGCUGAGAUGGACAAGAAGAUAUUCUCCCUCCCCAAGGAGAAGCGUGUUGCUGAGCUGAAGAAGAACCGCGACUACAUCAUCAAGAAGCUCAAUGACGAUUUCCAGAAGGUCUGGUUCGGCCGCAACCGCGCCGGCGAGGCCGUUGACCUCGAAGACAUGACCUAUGGAGAGGUUGUCCGUCGCAUGGUUGAUCUGCUUUACAUCCGCCACGAGCAGCGCUGGAUUGACCCUACUUUCAUCAGACUCACUGGUGACUUCAUUCGCCGUGUUGAGGAGCGUUUCACCUCCCAGCCUGGGCAGGUUGCCCAGCUUCAGGACUACAAGGACCUUCAGUCACCUUACGAGACUGUUGAGAAGAUCUUGUCCCACUACCCUGAUGCCGAGACUCAGCUUAUCAACGCUCAGGAUGUUCAGCAUUUCCUGAUGUUGUGCCUGCGCCCCAUUCAGAAGCCCGUCACCUUCAUUCCUACUCUUGACGAGAACUUUGACUUCUACUUCAAGAAGGAUUCCUUGUGGCAGUCUGAGGACCUUGGUGCCGUCAUCGGUCAGGACGUCGGACGUACAUGUAUUCUUCAGGGACCUACCGCCGUCAAGUUCUCGAAGGUCAUUGAUGAGCCCAUUAAGGAGAUCCUUGAUGGCAUUCACCUCACUCACGUUGAGUACCUGACUAGGGACCUCUACAAGGGCGACAAGAAGGCCAUUCCCACCAUUGAGUACUUCGGUGGCAAGUUGAUCGAGGCGGAAAUCCCUGUCGAGGACGUUGAUGGUCUUACCGUCUCGUAUGACGACGCCCACAAGAACACUUACCGUCUGUCGACCUCGCCCACGGCUACCCUACCUAGCCUUGACGCUUGGUUGGCCCUGCUUGCUGGCCCCGACCGUAGCUGGCGCCACGCUCUUCUCACCUCUGACGUUGUUGUCCAGGGCCAGAAGUUCCAGACCAACCCCAUCAAGCGCAUUUUUGCUCCCGCACGUGGGCUCUUUGUCGAGAUCCACAACCCCAAGGACCCGAAGAACACCAAGAUUGUCGUCAAGGAGCAGCCUCGCCACAACCAGUACGUUGAUGUCAUUGAGGUUAAGCUUGAGGGCCAGAAUGAGAUUGUCGUCAGCAUGAUCAAGGAUACCACUGCCCUUGGCAAGCCUGUCGCGCUUCCGCUCAAGUUCACUUACCACCCCGAGGCUGGAUAUGCCCCCAUCCGCGAGGUCAUGGAGGGUCGCAACGACCGCAUCAAGGAGUUCUACUGGCGUGCGUGGUUCGGUGAUGAGACUUUUGAUCUCGAUGCCGAUGUUAGCAGCAAGUUCGAUGGUGGCAAGGCUACCAUUACUGGCGAAGGCAUCAACGACUUCAUCCACGCCGUUGGCAACACUGGCGAGGCUUUUGUCGAGCGACCCGGCAAGACUGUCUACGCCCCCAUGGACUUUGCUAUCGUCGUUGGCUGGAAGGCUAUCACCAAGCCCAUCUUCCCUCGCACUAUUGACGGUGACUUGCUGAAGCUUGUCCACCUGUCUAACGAGUUCCGCAUGAAGCCCGGCGCCGAGCCUCUGAAGAAGGGUGACGAAGUCUCUACCACCGCUCAGAUCAAUGCUGUCAUCAACCAGGAGUCUGGCAAGAUGGUUGAGGUUUGCGGUACCAUCUACCGCGAUGGUGAGGCCGUCAUGGAUGUCACCUCCCAGUUCUUGUACCGCGGUGCCUACACCGACUACGAGAACACUUUCCAGCGCAAGAUGGAGACCCCGAUCCAGCUGCACCUGGCCACCAGCAAGGACGUCGCUGUUCUCAAGUCGAAGCAGUGGUUCAACACUGAUGACUUGCCCCGCGACCUCGACCUUCUCGGACAGACACUCACCUUCCGUCUUCAGAGCUUUUACCGCUACAAGACCAAGACGAUGUAUAGCAGCGUCUCUACCCAGGGCCAGGUUCUGCUUGAGCUCCCCACCAAGGAGGUCAUCCAGGUCGCUAGUGUCGACUACGAGGCUGGCCAGUCCAACGGCAACCCCGUCGUUGACUACCUGGAGCGCAACGGUACCCCUCUCGACCAGCCCCUGAACUUUGAGAACCCCAUCCCUCUCAGCGGCCGCACUCCUCUCCAGCUCCGUGCCCCUGCUACCAACGAGAACUAUGCCCGUGUCUCUGGUGACUAUAACCCCAUCCACGUCUCGCGCGUGUUCGCCAACUACGCCGCUCUCCCUGGCACCAUCACCCACGGCAUGUACUCCAGUGCUGCAGUCCGUAGCUUGGUUGAGACGUGGGCUGCCGAGAACAACAUCGGCCGUGUCCGCAGCUUCCAUGCCUCUUUGGUCGGCAUGGUUCUUCCCAACGAUGACCUCCAGGUCAAGCUUCAGCACGUUGGUAUGGUCUCAGGUCGCAAGAUCAUCAAGGUUGAGGCCAGCAACAAGGAGACCGAGGAGAAGGUUCUCCUCGGUGAGGCCGAAGUCGAGCAGCCUGUGACCGCCUAUGUCUUCACUGGCCAAGGUUCCCAGGAACAGGGCAUGGGUAUGGAGCUGUACGCCAGCAGCGAUGUUGCCAAGGAGGUCUGGGACCGUGCCGACAAGUACCUGUUGGACAACUACGGCUUCUCGAUCACCAACAUCGUCAAGAACAACCCCAAGGAGCUCACCGUUCACUUUGGUGGUCCUCGUGGCAAGGCCAUUCGUCAAAACUACAUGGCCAUGACCUUCGAGACCGUUGCUGCCGAUGGAAGCAUCAAGUCCGAGCGCAUCUUCAAGGAGAUUGACGAGAAGACCACCUCGUACACCUACCGCUCGCCUACCGGCCUACUGUCGGCUACUCAGUUUACUCAGCCUGCCCUUACCCUCAUGGAGAAGGCCAGCUUUGAGGACAUGAAGUCCAAGGGGCUUGUGCCCCGGGACUGCACCUUUGCCGGCCACUCCCUGGGUGAAUACUCUGCCCUCGCUGCGUUGGCGGAGGUCAUGCCAAUCGAGAGCUUGGUGUCGGUUGUCUUCUACCGUGGUUUGACCAUGCAGGUCGCCGUCGAGCGCGAUGCGGCCGGACGCUCCAACUACUCCAUGUGCGCCAUCAACCCCAGCAGAAUCUCCAAGACCUUCAACGAGGAGGCUCUGCAGUUUGUUGUUGACUGCAUUUCUGAGGAGACCGGCUGGCUCCUUGAGAUCGUCAACUACAACAUUGCAAACAUGCAGUACGUUGCCGCUGGCGACCUCCGCGCCCUUGACACCCUCACGGGCGUCACCAACUUCCUCAAGCAACAGAAGAUCGACAUUGAGGAGAUGCGCGGCAACAUCGACGAGGCCAAGGGUGCGCUCAAGGAGAUUAUCAAGGGCAGCGCCGAGGCAACCCUCAAGAAACCUACUCCCCUGGAGCUUCAGCGUGGCUUUGCGACGAUCCCCCUUCGCGGUAUCGACGUGCCCUUCCACUCGACGUUCCUUCGGUCUGGUGUCAAGCCGUUCCGAUCUUUCCUCCUCAAGAAGAUCAACAAGACGACGAUCGACCCUGCCAAGCUUGUUGGCAAGUACAUCCCCAACGUGACGGCGAAGCCCUUCGCCAUCACUAAGGAGUACUUUGAGGAUGUGUACAAGCUCACCAACUCUCCCAAGAUUGCGUCCAUCCUGGCGAACUGGGACCAAUUCACCCAGGACGGUCCUGGCCCCAACGCUGUUAACGGCGUCACCGGGGAACACGAGGGACCUGGUGCGGCUGCGUAA